AGUUUAAAAAAACAUCGAGAAAGAAAUGAUCGCCUUUCUUUUCGUUGGCGUAGUGCUCACAAAUAUUUUGGGUUAGUUAAAGUUCUAAGCUCAUCCUUUGGAAGAAGAUCUACAUGUUAAUUUAUUCCGGAACUAUAAUCCUGAUUAUAAAUCAAACAAAGAUGGAAAUGCUUUAAUUUUAACAUUUGACAUAGCUUUAUCGAAAUUGAUGAAACUGAAUGAAAAAAACGAAGUGCUUCAUUUAAAUGUAUGGGUAAGACAAUACUGGCACGAGAAACAUUUUCAAUGGAAUGCUAGUGACUGGGAAGGUAUAAGUAGUGUGACAGUCAGCACAGAUAGAAUAUGGAAACCAGAUAUAACUCUUUACAACAAUGCAGAUGAAGAAUUUCAAGGUUUGGAUAUUUAUGGAAAAACAAAAGCUACAAUCAAUAGUGAUGGUAGUGUUGUUUGGUUGUUACCAAUAAUCUUGCGAAGUAGCUGCAAAAUUGAUACAAAAUAUUUUCCUUUUGAUGAACAAAAAUGUCUACUUAUUUUUGGAUCUUGGGCAAAUGAUUACAGAGCUAUUGAUAUAUAUCCUAAAAAUUCCAGAGGAGAUUUAUCAACCCUUGAUGAAAAUGGACAGUUUUUUAUUAGUGAUUUUGAUGUAACUCGGCGUCUAGAAAACUUUACUUGUUGUCCUUAUCCUUUUGUUACUUUAACGUACGAAAUAAUCAUUCAACGAAGAGCGAAAUUCUAUUUGUUUAAAAUUAUACUUCCUGGAGUUUUAAUUGCUUUACUGUCUUGCUUUUCUUUUGUAAUUCCUCCAGUUACUGGAGAACGAGCAAGUUUGGUUAUGGGAAACUUUCUUACAUUAUUAUUUUAUGUGCUAAUUGUUUCUGACUCCGUACCUGCUAGUUCUGAUUCGUUGCCUCUUCUUGUAAUAUUUUAUAAAAUAUUAUUGUUUGUAAUCGGAUUUGCGUUAAUAACAAGCUGUCUAAUUUAUUGUAUGUGUGUAAAAAUUGUACCUGUACCAAAAUGGCUCAAAGUCAAUUUUUUACAGAAUCAUUUUGUAAACUUAUAUCGUAUUAUUGCAGCAAAAUAUUGUCGAAAUAAACAGAACUUAGUACAAAGUGGUUGCAAAAAACAAAGAAGAACGUCUACUAACAGUCAUGUUAUCACAAGUCACAGUCCUACGUUUCACAGCAUUCAACGUGAUCGAAAUCUUUUGGAUUUAAAAAAAAUUCAUGGUAUCACAAAAAGCUGUGACAAAAAUGAAAUAACUUACCUAAAACAUAUUAACGAAUAUUUAAUUAAUUUUAGUUUGAGAGAUAGUAAUCGUAGUGAUUGGGAAGAUAUUGCUUACGCACUUGAUAAACUUCUACUUACCGGGUUUUUGCUACUUAUUGGAAUUAGCAUUAUUUUUAUUUUUGCGUAUCCUCCAAAAGUUGUGUUUUAAAUAUGUUUUUUUUUUUAAAUAUUUUUCAUAACUCGUUUUUUUGACAAAAUAUUAUUCAUAAACAUUAUUUUACUUUAUAAUUAUCAAGUUCUUGUCUUGACAUAAGUGUAAUAUUUUUGUCUUGGUGUAUGUAUUUUAUUUUGCUAAAUGGUAUACAAGUAUUAUGAACGUGAACAUCUUAAAUAAA